CUGACAGGUCAUUCUCUCUUAAAGUUUUUAAAUCAAAACAAUAACCUUGAAUUUCUGCGGCUCUGACGCACUGCUGCUGCCGGACGUCAUCGGAAUGCAUUCUAUUCGACACGUCACAGUACUAGACGCUGCAAACCUCUACUGAAACUCGUGACUUGUUGUCUUCAGUCUACAGUUGUUGAUUAGAGUGCAGUUUCAUAGUCUGUUAGUGUGCAGUUUUAUAGUCUACAGCUAUUGAUUAGUGUGCAAUUUUAUAUCUGUUUGGGUCUGUUUUUGAACAGUUGAAUUGCACAUUACAGCUGUGUACGGUUUCAGAUCAUAAAAUUUGACCUGUCGGAUUUUGGAUCAACGUACUAUUUUCCAUCAUGACUAGCAAAACAUUUCGCACGCUCAGGCCCCUGGAACGUAAGAGUGGUUCGGACAUGCCUACACUGCAACCUCUACCACCAUGUAAACUGCGGCCUCAACCACCGUCUAAACUGCGACCUCAACCACCGUCUGCAGUGCGACCUCAGCCACUUCCUAGACUGAGACAACGACCAGCGCCUCAACAACACCCAGAAGAAAUUGAGAUGAAGAGGGAGAUCACUCGCAGUUUCCGUAACACAAUUGUGCUGAGAGAAAGGUCCCGGAUGUCCAGCCGAGGGCAGUGUGUCAAGCUCCCUCCUAUCCCCGGCUCUUCCCGAGAUGACAGCUCAAACCUCAGCCAGAGCUUUGAGAGAGCCGAAAGAGUCCAAGACAACCUCAUUAAGAGCAUGGUGGAUGAGCUGUCGAAGAUGGAGCGGCGGUCAGAGCUGUCACGCACUUCUCAUCAGCAGAGCAUGGACAGUCUGUUAAAGCGUCAUGUGCUUCGGCUGGAAAAACAAGCACUCGACUUCAACAACAAACUCGAAGAACUUCGCUCAGAGUAUGAUACUGAAAGGGAGCGGAUUCAUUCACAGAGCGAGCAGGAGAGUGCGUAUUUGAAGGAUGUAACGUUUUUCAUGGAAAAGCACAACGCUAAGAUUUACCCUGAGGCGAGACGUGACUACGAGAACAGUUGCAAACAAAUCAGAAAAAAGCACAAAGCCGAAUAUGAAACAGUGGAAACACAGAUGAAAGAGGUCAUUGAAGAACUGAGGGAAUACAAGCCGACGAGAUCUCAAUUCUGGAAGUUUAAUGAUGUUUCAUACGAAAAAAAGAAAGAAGAAUAUGACUCUCUGCUUCUCGAGUUUAAAGAGGUGGAGGUAGAUAAACAGUGCAUUCAGGAAUUGGAGGAGUCCAUCUCAGAUCUGGAAUGUGAGCUGAUGUCUGGUGAAUGCCAAGAAACAGUUCAACUUCGUUCAGACUGUGUCAAGCGCGUCCAGGAUAUUCAACGCUUCAGAGACCAGAUCAAGGAGAUCCAAACCACUCGGACAAAUCUGGCCACUAAACCUGUCAUUCAGUUCAAAAAUAUUACUGAAAAACUACAGGAGACAACAGCUAUGGGGGAAAGGUUAUUGCGUUACUCUAAGCUGUGCAAUAAGAUGGAGACGAAGUACGAGAAGGUUCUGCCCUUCUACAAGUCAUCGUUGAGUGAAGAAGAGCUGAGUCAGGUGAAAGCCAAUGCCAUGAAGUCGGCGGAUGAGGAACUCACUCCGCUAACACAUGACAAUGCUUCUUUUGAGAAGUUUUGGCAGCGUCACAACAAGGUGAAGCUCGACAGUUUGUGUCUGAAGCGAGAGAAAGAGCUUCAGUUACAGGAGAACCAACGACUGAGGAGCUGUCUGGAGCAGUACCUGGGUGAAGGUUUCGAUCUCUGAUGAGAGUUUUCAACAACAAAAGCUUCCGGUUGUGUCUUCUUCAACUCUACAUACCCCCGCUGCCACUAAGAGACGCGAUCAAAAGCG